UCCCAUUACUCUAAUCCAAUUUCCGAAGCCCCGCCGCGCCCCAUAAAUACCCCGAUCGCCGCCCUCGGUCGCUUCUGGUAGAAAACCACUACGCUCUCAAUGGUUGUAGCCGUUAAAGUCUUCAAAAAAACCACACCGAAUGGUAAAGUCACCGUCUACCUCAGCAAGCGCGACUUCGUCGACCACCUCGACCGCACCGACCCCAUAGAUGGCGUCGUCGUCGUGGAGGAUGACUACCUGCAAGGCCGCAAGGUCUACGGCCAGGUGGUCACCACCUACCGCUACGGCCGCGAAGAGGACGAGGUCAUGGGGGUGAAAUUCAGCAAGGAGAUGACCAUCGCCUACGACCAAAUCGUCCCGCCUAAGAAAAACCCCGACUUGACCACCGUCCAGGACAAACUGACUAAGAAGAUGGGCCCCGUGGCCUACCCGUUCGUCUUCCACUUCCCGGAGAUGGCGCCCAGUUCGGUGACGCUGCAGCCGGGGGAGGACGACCAGGGGAAACCUUUAGGGGUUGAAUAUUACUUGAAGGUGUACGUGGGGGCGAACGAGGAAGACAAGGGGCAUAAGAGGAGCACGGUCACUUUGGCUAUCAAGAAGUUGCAGAUUUUGGCGAGACCUAGAGCAGUGACGCGGUUACCGAGCUCGGUGGUGGCGAAAGGGUUCACGUUUUCGACGGGGAAAAUCAACCUGGAGGUGACGCUGGACAAGGAGAUUUACUAUCACGGGGAGCAGAUUGGGGCGAAUGUGACCAUCUCGAACAACUCGAGGAAGACGGUGAGGAACAUGAAGGUGUACGUGGUGCAGCACUGCGAGGUGACGAUGGUCAACGCGCAGUUUUCCAAGUAUGUGGCCAGUUUGGAGACCAGAGAAGGGUGCCCGAUUACUCCAGGGACUAGCUUCACCAAGACCGUCUACCUCAUCCCCCUCGCCUCCAGCAACAAGGACCGUCGUGGGGUUGCUCUCGACGGGCGCCUGCGCGACGACGAUGCCAACCUAGCCAGUUCUACCCUGGUGCCAGACGGCAAAUGUCCCAUCGACGCCAUCGGUAUCGUCAUUUCCUACUCCUUGAGGGUCAAACUCAACUGCGGGACUCUGGGUGGGGAGAUCGUCACCGACGUGCCCUUCAAACUCCUCCACCCAGGACCUGGUGCUUACGACAAAGAGAAACCCAAAACCUUUAAGAAGAUGAGAUCCAUGGAGAAGGGGCGCUACGGCAAUUCUUACGAGAACGACGACGACGACAACAUCGUUUUCGAGGAUUUUGCUCGCUUCAGGUUGAGCCAAGACGGGGUCGAAUAAAUCGAGAAAAUCCAAAAAAAUAGUAAAAGUCGAAAUAUGAAAAAAGGUUACUUCCGCGACCAUUGGUGAUUCUGCCAGAAGUGAUAAUUUCAGUUAUUUUUUAUUAUUUACAGGAGAUAGCAACAUUUUUGUUUUAUUUUAAUUUACGCAGAUUAGUUACAAAGGUGUAUAAUUAUGCAUAAUUAUGAGGUUUAUAUAACUGUUUUUCCGUUA